AUGUGGGUGAUCGGACCUCUCCUAGCUUUGCUAUCAAGCAUCGCAGCUGCGAGUCCUGCGCCCGAAGCAUAUGCUAGUGCAAAGCCUCCGCCUCAGGUCUGCAGCAGUGUCUCCAAGGCUAUCAAGACGCUUCGUGCCUCUUCUACCGCUUCUGCAUAUUGCUCGUCAUAUCUCGGAAUCAAGCCUGUCGUAUCGACCGUCGUAUCUACUGUCACCACGACUGGAUUCACGACGGUAUCUACUACUCAAGUCGCAAGGCAAACAACGACUUCCACCGUAGAGGUCAUCAGUCUGAGCACAAGCACAAGCACUGAGACUUCAUAUGUUGGCUACACAACGACCGUCGGCACCACGACUAGCACUUCCGUCACCACCACUGUCAUUUCCAGCGUCAGAUACUCUUGCGAGCCAUCCGUCUAUAAUCCUCCGCGUGCUAAAGAGAAGCGAUCUGUUCCCAAUAGCAAGUCAGCGAUUCGCCUCCCGACAUGUCUGAAAGCAUUCGAAAAGACGCUAGGCAACGCAUGCAAAUGUCUAUCGCUUAAGGCACCGACUCGAACAUCGACACGCCUGUUCACUUCUGGCGUGACUCGCACAGUCACUUCAACAUACCUGAGGACAGAGUUCGACACUGCGACUACCACAACCACUAUUGUCUCCGUAAUCACCGCACGAACAACCACCACCGUCACAUCCAGUACAGUAUCGGUUACUGCGUCCACUUCAACGAUAUCAACAUCUACCAGUACGACAUUCACGUCCACAACCACCUACACGGUCUUCCCGACUUUUGGCCUCCUCCCUACAGCACCUGCUAUAGCCAACGAAGGUGCCUACGCAGAGAUAGUGGAGCACACCCCACAAGGAAAUCCGGCGUAUGGAGCCGUGCUCAGCACACGCAACAACAGAAUUAACGACGUCAGGACACAGCUUUUCCAGCUGUCAUCAGAAUGUCACCUUACGGCUCUAGGGGGCCCAUAUACCGGAACUCGUAUGUUCACCGAGAACUGCUGCCUCCGCGCUGGCACAUCCUUUGCCUUCUUCCGCCUAUCCCCUCCCGGUCAAAUAGCCGGAGUCGGCACACAGCCAUCGAUCUGCAGGAUCAUUGACACCAACGAACUUGACUGUGAUUUCGUGUAUGGAGCCAAUGAAUGGAGUCAGCAACGUGCUGAGGGAGGUCCAUAUUGGAAGGUGGGCAAGCCGGGCGCGUAUCAGGGAUUUAUUAGUGAUGGUGGACCGGAUCAGUUGCUGGGAUUUCCGAGAGUUGUGCCGUACAGUGAGAACUGCAAUGAGGCGGGAAGCAACUCAACGUGCAUCGACAAUUAA